ACAUCAAAAUCUAUGAGACAAAAAAGGUCACAGAAAGGUACUUGUUUUCCAAAAGAUGUACCAGGAAAUAAUGGAAAAAAGAAAAGAAAUCAUUGGGUAUUACGAUUUAAUUGUGCUAGGUUAAAGGGUGGUAAUAGCAGUAAUGCAGCUGGUUCAGAAAAUGAUAUUGCAGAACCAAAUGUCGGUUGUGAUACUUGUGUUUGCACUGGAUAUAGAAGAACAGAAGAUCAUCACCUUGGUGCUGGUGUCGUAUUUGGAACUGCUUCUCUUCAGCAAAGAAAGAAUGAAUCGGUCAUCAAUAGUGAUUCCAGUAGUGGGGAAGAAGAUAGAGAUUGCAUUUUACGAACUCAGCCAGUCAUAGAUCUGUCUAAAUUUAAUCCCGAGGAUUAUCCUAUUGAAGAUUGUGAUGAACGAGCAAGAUUAGAGAGGGCACGUGAAAUAGCGGAAGGUGUCGAACCCCCUCCGGGUUUCCGCCCUGGUCCUCAUAUCCAGGUUGUGAUUCCGCCUGAGCUUACAGUUGACAACAUCACGGCUCUGUUCCAGUCAGCAGCACUAUCGGCCCUUUCUCAAUUGGAUGUUACGCAGCGAGUUGUUCACACCCAAGUUGAUUACAUUCACUGCCUCGUACCUGAUCUGCUACAGAUAACUUCCUGCUCAUUCUACUGGGGUAAAAUGGACCGUUAUGAAGCUGAGAGACUUCUCGAAGGAAGACCUGAAGGAACAUUUUUACUACGGGACUCUGCUCAAGAAGAAUAUUUAUUUUCUGUCAGUUUUCGUAAGUAUGGACGCUCCUUACAUGCUCGUAUCGAACAAUGGAACCAUAGAUUCAGUUUUGAUUCACAUGAUCCCGGUGUGUUUGCGUCAACCACUGUUUGUGGCCUUAUUGAACAUUACAAAGAUCCAUCUUGUUGCAUGUUUUUUGAACCGAUGUUAACGAUUCCUCUGCAUCGUAAUUUUCCUUUUCCUUUGCAACAUUUAUGCAGAGCAGUUAUUUGCAGCAGAACAACGUACGACGGUGUGUCUCACCUCCGCUUACCAAAAAGUCUCAAGAGGUUACUUAAGGAGUACCAUUACAAACAGAGGGUUAGAGUUAGACGAUUUGAUUCUGAACAAUACUAAGUCAAUGUUUUACAUAUGAAUUUUAAAUUUAGCAAUCAUGUUAAAAAUUCAUCCUGAAUAUUAAAUGAACCAUUCUGUGAA